GAGUGAACGAUUAUGUAAUUUGCGUCAGAGGGUGUAAUCGAAAAUUAAGGGGUGUAACUAGCGAACAACAAGAGAUAACAUACAACACUGUAACACACCACCAUCCUUUGCCGCACCCAUCACCACCGCGACCGUCAUAACCACAAACACCGUUCGCAAUUGAUUCGUCCGUUCAGUGGAUCUUCACGUCACCAGUGAUAGGUUUUAAAAUAAUCUGCAAACACCCCAAACCAAAUACACGUUCCCACUUAUGAAUAAUUUCAAAUUUCAAAUUUUUAAGUAACCCUUAAUUCAAUUUAUACAUAUUUAUGUGUUGGAUUAUACACUUGUUGAAGUGUUUUUUUAUUUCCUAGUAUUGCAUAUAUUGAAGUGAAGUGAUUACCAAAAAGUUUAUACCUUUUCAUUUAUCUUUUGAAAUGAAACUAAGCUUAACAAAUCACAACUUCUCAACACUCUUGAAUUUUUCUUUUAUUAAUUUAAGAAGACCCUUUUGUUCUUCGUCACUAUCAUUAUCACCACCCAAUUAUCUAAAACCCAAAGUUCCAAUCUUUCUGAGACCACCCAUUUACUCAACAAAAUUGAGCGACCUAAAAAAAUGGCAUGAUUGGGCCAAAAAUGUUGCUUCUUCAAUUGGGUCAACUUUUGUGAAGUCAGAUAAUGGACCAGACUCAAGCCUUUUGUGCAGGGAACUAAAGUGGUUCAUUGAGGAUGUUGUUGAGAAUCAUCACUCCUCACUUUUUUCCCAAAUGGGUUUGGAUGAUGAUAUUGAGAGGGUAAAAAUGAGGGUAGAUUUAGAGGAGUUAUACUGUUUGUGGAAGCAAAGGAUCGAAGAGAGGAAACCUUUUCAGUAUAUAGUUGGAUGUGAGCAUUGGAGGGAUUUGGUGUUGAGUGUUGAAGAAGGGGUUUUGAUUCCAAGACCUGAGACAGAAGUUAUUGUUGAUUUGGUUUGUGAUGUUGUGUCAAAGAAUGAGGAUUUGAAAAGAGGGGUUUGGGCUGAUUUAGGGACUGGAAGUGGUGCUCUUGCUAUUGGUAUUGGUAGGGUUUUAGGAAAUGGUGGAAAGGUUAUUGCAUCAGAUUUAAGUUCUGUGGCUGUUGCUGUUGCAGCUUACAAUGUGGAGAGGUAUUGCCUGCAGGACAAAAUUGAACUAAGGGAAGGAUCUUGGUUGGAACCAUUAAAGGGUAUGGAAGGAAAGCUUGCAGGUCUUGUAAGCAACCCACCUUAUAUACCUAGUAAAGAAAUCUCUGGUUUACAAGCUGAAGUUGGUAAACAUGAACCUAGAGUUGCAUUAGAUGGAGGUGCCGACGGUAUGAAUGCUCUUCUCCAUCUGUGUGAUGGGGCCGAUUUGAUGUUGAAAUCUGGUGGAUUCUUUGCCUUUGAGACAAAUGGCGAGCAGCAGUGCAAGGAACUUGUUGAUUACAUGAAAAGUAAUAAAAGUGCAAGCUUAUGCAAUUUGGAAAUACUUGCUGAUUUUGCUGGUAUUCAAAGAUUUGUAAUUGGAUUCCGUCUAUAAGUAUUUUGAGUUACAAAAUACAUGUUUGUUAUAUUCUAUUUUUUGGUUGAAUAAUUAUUCCGUUUCUCUCCUAGAUAUUAGAGCAUAGACACAACAAAAUUGUAUAAGUAUAAAAUAUUAUUUCCCCCAAACAUAAAAGGGGGAAAUAAAUUCCUAAUUAAAAUUGUUUAUAUGUGAGCCAA